AUGAGAGUCACAGCUGCCCUCACUGCCCUCGGGGCGAGCCUUCUCGUCGAAGCGAACAGCAACAUCAACCCUUUGGAUAUGGGAAACUUGACGAGCCCAUCUUCGACAUAUAAAUGUGAUUACUCGGAUGAUUGUUUCCAUUAUGUCGCUGGAUGGGGUGAUAUUGGAAAGCCUGCAAAGGCCUCAAUUGCAAGUGAUUGCAGCAGCGUUUUGGCUGUGACCGUCACCCCACCACCACUCCUGUAAGUCGCCCACUUCUACCAGUCUGCGCGCAAAAAGAGACAUGGGAGAGUAUCUCAGAUGUGUGCUCAGUGUGCUUUCAACUCGACUAACAUUAAAUAAAUCCAAGUUCCACACAAACCCAGACUAUCACUGUCUUCCGAGGAAACCCGUCCAAUCCUCCCCUGGUCUACCCAGAGGCCUUCAAGCCCGGAACAGCCGUCACGCAGGUCGCCACUCAAGCCACUGAGAUCCCCGAGGUUCUCCAAAAGAACUUUUGCAAGGAGCUUGAUGCAUACAAACAUGCUUGUCUCUGCAACGAGCACUUGCCAGUCACAUAUACUGCUCCUCGACCCGUAUUGUCCCCCACAUCCUAACUCACUUACAACGAGACUAACGAAUGAAAACGCAUAGCUUGAGACAGUAAUCUUCCCCGAGCAAGCAGAGAUCAAGGCCGUCAAGAUCUAUGCCAAAACCGAGAACCACACUGAUUUCUCCACCGUUCCAAACUGGCUCCGUGUCGUCCCCAACACCGAGAUGAGCGAUGCCUACACCAUAAAGUUCAUCACUGGAAAGGACGCCGAGAAACUGGCCACCAUCUUCCGAUUCCACAACGCCGACGGACAGCUCAAAGCCACCUUCAGGUCCCGCCACGGAGUCGAUGUGGUCACCGACCUACUUUCUUACAUCCCGAAAACCGAAGAUGGGAUUACCCGUAACGAGGGACCUAGACCCGUGGCCUUCCGUCACUUGACCGACAAUGACGCCAAGGAGAGCUUGUGGGAUAUGUUGAAGGUCUACAUUGGGGAGGACUGGAACAAAAAUGAGGAUCCAACGAACUACAACUAUCUGGAUAUGAUCUCCCAAGACAAAAACCCUUACAAUAUGUGGACUUCUUGCAAUGACCAACUUGGCGUUGCUACCCGAACUUGGAAGAACGAUUACUUGAAGGGUAUUCUUGCUAAGCAUCCGGAUCCGGAGCGUACUCUUAGCUGCUCGCUUGCUAAGCUCUAUCCGGUUUCUGCGGAUGAGGUUACACCUGUUGCAUGAGAUGGACAAGAUUUUGUUGGCGUAAAAGUUGGAGUUGAGGUGUUUAAGAAUCCCAUGAUGUUGCCCAAGUAUGCUUAGAUUUGAUAUGAUUGGACCUGGUGCAUGAAGAGAAUGGGAUGCUAUACAAAG